AUGGUCAACUGGAUGGAUCCCGCGGUCUUGCUCAAGACCAACAUGAUCUUUAACAACCUGGCACACUUUGCUAUCGGGUUCGCAUUCCUUGCUUUGUCUCGUUCGACAUGCGGCGCAAGUUCUAAACCCUACGCCUCCUCCAGGUCUUCCAAUCGCUCACCUUCGAAUGGGAUCUCAUUCGCGGCAGACGUAAAUUCCGUCUCGGACAGCUUCUGUGCCUUCCUUGGAAUGUACGAAUCCCCCAUUGUUGGCCUAUCUUUGACAUUCCACUCACCUGUCUCCUCUCCAGGCUCAUCGCCCUCAACGUCUCAGACCCAAUCAAUUGCCAGGUCCUCUACACAGUGCGUCAGCCAUCCCUUGCGUGCCCUACUGAUGGACUAA